AUGGAUCAGUCACAGUUUCGGGCAGCUGCGCAUUCUGCCAUUGAUGACACCACUUUGAUUCUAUGCCUGAAAAGAGAGUCCUGCCAACUGUGGAACCAGGAUAUCUUCGUUCACUCGUACCAGAGAACCCCCCCUGACGAGCCGGAGGAAUGGGCUGCCAUCCAAAAUGACAUUGACUCCAAGAUCAAGCCUGGCUUGACUCAUUGGCAGUCCCCAAACUUCAUGGCAUAUUUCCCGGCAGGAGUGACCUACCCCAGUAUUUUGGGUGAGAUGUACUCUGCUACAUUCAAUGCCCCCGCUUUUAAUUGGCUUUGCUCUCCGGCAUGUACGGAACUGGAAACUAUCGUCAUGGACUGGAUGGCAAAAGCCUUCGGUCUUCCUGAGUGCUUUUUGAGCUCCUCUAAAGGUGGAGGCGUCAUCCAAAACAGUGCUAGCGAUGCCAUUGCCACUGUUAUUACCGCUGCCAGAGAAAGACGAGCACGCGAACUGGCACUGGGGGAUGGCAUGGAGGAAGAUACUCCAGAAUAUGAGGACCGAAAAAUCGAGCACCAGGGAAAGCUGGUUGCCAUUGCUAGCGACCAGACACACAGCAGUGCUGCGAAGGGCGCAUUGAUUGCUGGUACUCGUUUCCGCAGUGUGCAGACCCAGCUGGCAGACAACAUGGAGAUGACUGCGCCACGCCUCCGAAAAGUCUUGGAGAAGUGUGAAGAGAGCGGACUCAUUCCCUAUCAUUUGACAAUGACCCUCGGAACCACAAACUCCUGCAGCAUGGAUCGGUACGCUGAGAUCCUAGCUUUAUUGAGAGAGAAGCCUGAAUGGCAACGAAUUUGGGUCCACGUCGAUGCUGCCUAUGCUGGCGCUUCUCUGAUCACGGAGGAGUGUAGUCAUAUUGCGAAGAGUUUUGCGGAGGGUGUUGACAGCUUCAAUAUGAACAUGCACAAGUGGCUUUUAGUCAACUUUGACGCGAGUCUUCUUUUUGUUCGAAACCGGGUUGAUCUAACCGACGCAUUUGAUAUGACGCCAGCAUACCUUCGCAACGCUUAUUCGGACUCGGGAGCCGUGAUUGACUAUCGCAAUUGGUCUUUCUCUUUGGGUCGUCGAUUCCGCGCCCUCAAGAUUUGGUUUGUGGUGCGCAGCUACGGCCUCAAUGGUAUGAAGGCAUACAUUCGCAAGACAAUGGGCCUUGGUGAUAUCUUCGCGGAUCUGAUUCGUGGACGGUCUGACCUCUUUGAGAUUGUCACAAAACCGGCAUUCGGCUUGACUGUAUUCCGCGUGAAGAACCCCCAGGCUACGUCCAACAAUUCCCAUGAAACAAACGGCAAGAUUGCGUUGUGCAAGAGGGACAAGGAGUCUGAUAGUCUGACCAAAAAGGUGUAUGAGCUUGUCAACUCUAGGGGUGAGAUAUUCAUCACUUCUACCGUGAUUGAUGGUGUCUAUGUCAUUCGGGUUGUCAGCACCAACCCCAUGGCUGAGGAGAAGUAUGUUCGCAAUGCCUUCGACGUUAUUGUUCGUACAACCGAGGAAGUACUUCGGCAGGAAAACUAG